AUGGCAGACUCAUCAUUACCAAUAUCUUCAACAAAACACCGUCUACUCACGAAAUCUGUAGACACAUCAAAGCCUAUUUUCAUGCCUUUUAUGAGAAGAAAAUGUUUGUCCUUUGCUUUUGGAUUCACGUUUAUCUUUGUACCAUGCACUCUUCUCUUGCUCUUUAAUCAAUCAUUUUUUGGCUAUUCCUUACGUUUUUCCUCCCUUAUCUCUCUCUUUCUCGCCAAUUCUUCAUCUCUUUCUCAACAACCAAACACCUUUCUUCACGUUCCCAACGAAUCUCCAUUCAUUGAUUCUAAAAAUGGGGUUCUUUCUUUGCCUCAAGAAUCCAAUCACACUUCUGAAAAGAACCCUUUAUUAAGUGAUGGUUUAAAUGACAAUGUAGCACAUAGAACGGCGAAUGAUUCUCUUGGUAAGGAGAAGCAAUAUGUUUUCAAGAGAGAAAAUGGGAAUAAAAAAAGGGAUGUGGAGAAAGACAGAGUUUCAAACAAGGUGUUGGCAUCGGGUCCAAAACGGAGAGAUAGGAACAGGAAAAUUGAGAAAUGGGUGAGGAAAAUGAGGCGGUGCAGUUUGUUUGAUGGGAAAUGGGCGAAGGAUGAUUCUUACCCUUUAUAUGCACCAGGAUCCUGUCCUCAUAUUGAUGAACCUUUCGAUUGUUUUCUUAAUGGAAGGCCUGAUAGUGAGUUUCAAAAAUAUAGAUGGCAACCAAGGCAUUGCAACAUCCCUAGGAUGAAUGGUAAAAUUAUGUUGGAGAUGUUGAGAGGGAAGCGAUUAGUCUUUGUUGGUGAUUCUGUCAAUAGGAACAUGUGGGAAUCUCUGGUUUGUAUUCUUCGAAAUUCGGUGGAAGACAAGACUAAAGUUUUCGAAGCCUCUGGCAAAGAAGAAUUUCGAUCAGAGAGUUCUUACUCUUUCGUAUUCGAAGAUUACAAUUCCUCAGUCGAAUUCUUUCAAUCACCAUUUCUUGUUCAAGAAUGGGAGAUGGAGGGUAAAAAUGGAUCAAAGAAGGAAACACUCCGCCUUGAUAUGCUUGAGAGAUCCUCCGACAAGUACAAAAGCGCAGAUGUUCUGAUAUUCAACACAGGACACUGGUGGACUCAUGAGAAAACUUCCAACGGGAGGGGUUACUAUCAAGAAGGUAACCAUAUCUACAGUCAAUUGAAUGUCAAUAAGGCAUUUAGGAAAGCCUUGAAAACAUGGGGUAGAUGGGUGGAAACAAACACAGAUCCUGCCAAGACCCUUGUUUUCUUCAGGGGAUAUUCUGUUUCUCAUUUUAGAGGUGGAGAAUGGAAUUCUGGUGGGAAAUGCGACAGUGAGACCGAGCCACUUACGAAGGAGACUUAUUUUGAAGAAGAUCCACCAAUGGUGAAAAUUCUGGAGUCGGUACUAAAGCGUAUGAAGACACCAGUGUUCUAUCUAAAUGUUACAAGAAUGACUAAUUUCCGGAGGGAUGCGCAUCCUUCAAUGUAUAGGGAGCAGAAUAUGACCGAAGAGGUGAGGAGAUCGGCGUCGGGAGUCCAGGAUUGCAGUCAUUGGUGUCUCCCUGGGGUUCCUGAUACAUGGAAUGAGAUCGUAUACACUCAUCUCCUCUUCGAACAUAAGCAGAAGGAACUACAUCAUCUACUACAGAAUAAGAGACCAUAG